GUUGGAUUCGGACCGAUUAUUGUCUCCUGGUAGGAUUGGAUGGGCAGCAGCACGCACUCCCGCCGCGACGACCACACGCAUCUCCGCGGUUAGGAAUGUUUCAGGCACGACCAUACGUCCUGAUUGGGUUUGGCGGUGGGCUUGGAACCUUAAUACGAAAUAGGCGUAUAGUACCUACUCUGCAUGUACCGACAUGAGAAUUCUCAUAUAUAGUUUGUUGUUGUGUUGUUCUGUGUCUACGAGCACAACCAUCCAAUCCGUCCAUACGCCAAGUUAUGGCUCGCCCCAACAAAACUGGGAGAUGCUCCUUGUUUCCAGGAUUUGUCUUGUCUCCAGAGUCCUCGUGUACAUUUCCGGGCUGGGGAUUUCGAUACUUCUGCAGGUCUAUGAUAAUGGAUGGAUCAAGACGCAUCUAUUAACCAAACGGCUGACCGGCCUUCAGGUUUUGCGCAGGACACAGUAUAUCCAGUUCGGAUGGCACCGCCACACCAUCAUUAUAAGAUGAAACCUCGUUCUCAAGUUUCAUCCCGCUCAUUGGAAUCCGAUAUAGACCCCAGGGCACAAUUCCUUCUACUCCUGUUC